CGAUAGUCCAUCUCUCAACCAAGGUUAUCCACAAUGUAUCAAGAAGCUAUACUUCUCUUAGCUCUACUAUGUGUUUCUUCCAACGUCCUUGGAUCGGUUCCCAUCAGCGAUGGUUUAUUACCAAACGGUAAUUUCGAGAUGGGUCCUAAACCGUCCCAACUCAAAGGAUCCGUUGUAAAGGAACGAGCCGCCGUACCUCACUGGGACAUGAACGGUUUCGUGGAGUACAUUAAAGCUGGUCAGAAACAAGACGAUAUGGUUCUGGUCGUACCGGAAGGCUCCUCAGCCGUCAGACUAGGCAACGAGGCCUCAAUCUCCCAGAAAAUAUCCGUCCGAUCAGGGCGUCUAUACUCGAUCACGUUCAGCGCCGCUCGGACCUGCGCUCAGGAUGAGCGGCUCAACAUCUCCGUAACGCAUGAGUCCGGUGUCAUCCCUAUCCAGACCAUGUACGGUAGCGAUGGCUGGGACUCAUACUCAUGGGCUUUUAAAGCUGGUGGACCUGAAAUAGAGAUCAGAAUCCACAACCCUGGUCACGAGGAGCACCCGGCUUGUGGACCAUUAAUCGACGCCGUUGCUAUCAAGGCUUUGUUCCCUCCCAGAUUCUCCGGAAAUAAUCUGAUAAAGAACGGGAAGUUUGAAGAAGGACCUUACGUGUUCCCCAAGGCAAAAUGGGGAGUACUGAUACCACCUUUCAUCGAGGACGACAACAGCCCGUUGCCAGGUUGGAUGAUCGAGUCUCUUAAAGCCGUCAAGUACGUGGACAAGGCCCAUUUCUUCGUCCCUGAGGGACACCGAGCCAUAGAGCUUGUUGGAGGCAAAGAGAGUGCCGUUACCCAGAUCGUGAGGACGUCACUCAACAAAUUCUACGCCCUAACUUUCAACGUGGGAGACGCGAGAGACGCUUGCGAGGGACCGAUGGCAGUGGAGGCGUUCGCUGGAGGGAGCAAGGUCCUGGUGGAGUAUGCGUCUAAGGGUAAAGGCGGGUUUAAACGGGGAAGGCUUGUGUUUAAGGCUGUGUCAGCGAGGACUCGUGUCACUUUCCUUAGCACGUUUUACCAUAUGAAGAAUGAUCACUCUGGCUCGCUAUGUGGUCCGGUUAUCGAUGACGUCAGGCUAGUGGCGGUUAGGACACUCCGAGGAUGAUGAUGAUGAGACCAGAAUGUUACUAGUUACCUUUUGGUUUAAUUAAUGUCAAUGCACGGGAUCAUCAUAUAUAGUAGACUGGUUGAUUGUAAUGUAAUUUUGUUUCAAGAUUUACAUAAUAAAAUGUAAUUUUACU